AUGUUGAACGGAAGAUCUUCAGCGAAUCAACAGACGGAAUUGAUGCAGAUGAUGCGUGAAGAGUUUUUGCACCAGUUUGAAGUACUACGUCAAGCGAACGAAGCUAGCGUAGCCCAGAUCGCCUUGUUUCAACAGCAGAACAACACUCUCCAAACGGCGGUAGAUCAGUUGACACCACUACCACCACCAGGUGAUACGGCAGCACCACCCCCUAAUCAGAAUAUCCUUCCGGUUAACGAGCCUCAACUUAAUGGGGCACAACCCACCGAAGCUCAGCCAAAUGAGGUUCAGCAACAACAGAGGACAAGGACCGAGGUAAUUGCUUCGGAUAACUUCCCUCGCCGCACACAAGACGAACAGGCCGAGUCUAGCCGUAAGCUUACGGUGUGGUCCAAUGGUAUUCCAGAUGGCUUUGGUGUACAUGAUGCAUUUGAUGAGAAAAGAUUCCUGAAGAUUCAAACACCCACUGAGAUGACCAGAGAGCACAAAAACUCCCUGGUGAAGACUCCUUUCACUAACGGUGUGUAUAUGGUCGAGAGGCCCAAGAAAUUCACCAUGUCUUCUUUUACUCAAUUUGACGGUACGGGAGAUCCUUCUCGACAUCUGGAUCACUACGCCCAAAAAAUGGCUUUGGACAACUGCAAUGAUCCAUGGAUGUGUAGAGUUUUUCCUACCAGUCUGACAGGAGCUACACUCGAGUGGUUCAGGAAUAGGCCACACAAAUCCAUCUCGGAUUACGUAACUCUGUGCACUAUGUUCCUAGCACAAUACUGUGGAAAUAAGAAACAAAAGAAGAGUAUUGCCAGCUUCUUCACCGUAAGGCAAAAGAAAGGGGAAUCACUGCAGGAUUUCUUAUCCAGAUUCAACAUGGAAGCCUCGGAAAUAACAGAUUGUCAUCCCGCAACUGCUAUAGAGACAUUCAAACUUGUAAUAAUUCAAGGGACUAAGUUUCAUACUUCCUUGGUCAAGUAUUCUCCUCCCGAUAUGCAGACUCUCAAUGCCAGGGCCCAGAUCUAUAUCCAGCUCGAAGAAAACGUAGCCCACUGA